AAAUCAUUGAUGAUUGAAGACAAGUAAACACAUUUUAUUUUAGUAAUUUUUAAUAAAUACUUAAAAUAUCUACAUACUAUUUUGUUUCUAAUUCAAUCUAUUUUCAUUUAUAAUAUUUUUGACUAUAGAUAAAAGACGAACUACCGAUGAAUAAUGAAUAAUAAACUACUGAAUUCUAUAACUAACGCAAUAGAUAACAAGGAUGAUGUCAAGAAGCAAGUAGAAAACGGUAAAAUCGCACUUCGUGAACUUCAAAUUUGUGUUGAGAAUUGCCAGAAUCGUUUUGGUGGCAAAUCUGAAUUAGCUACAGAAGAUGAUAUCAGGAUUGUAAAUUUAUGUGAAAAAUGGGAAAAAGUCCUAAGUCAUGGACUAAAGACAAAUCUCUCGAAUUCAACUUUACAAAACUUUGUGUCGGCUGGGCUUAGCUUCACAUUUAAUAUAGUAAAUAUUGGUAAUUCAUUAUGGAGUUACAGUUGUCUUCACCUGACCAAACAUGAAAAGGAGAGGUUUAAAAUCCUCACCCAUAUCAACACACCAUUAGGAUACUUCAGAGCUUUCCUUCGUGCCUCACUAAAUGAAAGGUCACUAGAAAGAUAUUUGCAAAGUUGGAUAUCCCAUGGAUUACUUGUAGAAUAUUAUGACGAAGGAGCGUUUCUCAGAAGUCUAGAGUCCAGUCUGCUUCCCGGUUUGGCAGCAGCCUUAUCAUCGGUUUUGUUUGCAUUAUCAAUUGACAGAGCAGAAUUGAACGAGUCACAACAGUCAAACCAUGUAAACAAAGCAGAGCUUGUUAUACCACUGCCAACACCAGUCAAAACUUCCACUAAUUCUAAAAGAAAGCCCCUCAGACAAGUUAUAUCUUUUGACAAAGAUGAGAAAAAGAAAGCAAUCAAACCACGAAAAUCAAUCGAACCCAUAGAAAGUUCUAGUGAAUAUUCUUGUAAUAGUGCACCUGCAACUUGUCUUAACUCUCCAGAUGCGAAAGUAGCAACAAAAUCUGUUUCUGUCAGCGAACCGACAAGUUCUGAUUGUAAAAGUGGAAUAAGGCACUUCUUUCCUGACAGCGUUAAAUCCAUCGAAAGCCCUUUGCAAAUACUUUCCAAAUUGUCGGAAAGUGCCAAAGAAAUAUUUUCAAGUUCACAGAGCAGUAUCGAUAAGAAUAAUAUUGUUAAAGAUGACUUGUCAGAUCUGAGUGUAAAUUGUAUAAAGAUAUCCGAGAGUGACAGUGAAGAGGUGGCCGGCAGCAUCGACGGAAGCACGUCCUGCUUAGAGCUGUGUUUCACGGAAGACGAACAUGACGAGAAGAGUCUCAAUUCCGUUUUGGAAAACAGGGAGAAAGAUUUCAUGAAUCUACAGUUAAUGUAUAAUCAAUUUGAACAUACAAGUAAAGAGAAAAUACAAAAAUUAGAAAAAGUUGUAUUAGAUUUAAGCAAAGAAAAUGACAGGUUAAAAGAUCAACUAAGAAAUUAUAUGUCAGCUGUAGAAAUGGGCAUUGCAUUAAAAGGCAGUCAUGGUCAUGAGGAUGAAAUUAAUCAGUAUGAAAGAAAGUUAGUGCAGGUGGCAGAGAUGCAUGCUGAACUUAUGGAAUUCAAUCAUCACUUGCAAAAACGCUUGCAAGACUUAGAAAGUUCGGGCUUAGAAAUUGUAGAAAUGCCAGAAUCUAAUGUAAAAGCCUACAUACCUAGCGCUUUCUUAGUCGGCAAAAAAACACAUUCCUAUCAUGUUUAUCAGAUAUUUCUGAAAAUAGGCCAAGAAGAAUGGAAUGUGUAUCACAGAUACGCCAAAUUCUAUGAAUUACACACACAGUUAAAAAAAUGUCACCCAGACAUUGCAAAUUAUAAGUUUCCACCAAAGAAAACACUGCGAAAACGGGACGCGCGACUGGUGGAGCAGCGACGCGCCGCGCUGCAGGCCUACCUGCGGCAUGUACUACUGGUGCUGCCCGAGCUGCGCAACUGCACCUCGCGCGCGCAGCUCGUCACGCUGCUGCCGUUCUUCGGAACAUCAUCUACCACCAAAGAGAACGGCGCAAAUCAUACUUUAACUCGUCAGCACUCCAACGAUUCUGUGUCAACGUUUAAUGCGCUGUAAUCAAUGACCUCCUUAAUUUACACACUGGACCUGUGUUUUUGAAGCAACUUGAUGUUCGGCAUUUUGGCGCUAAUAGCAGCGUUUUAAUAAUAACGCUAGUGAGCGUCAUGUGAGCGUACUCGAAACUAAAUACUACCUAGUGAUGAGACCGAUGAGACAUCUCUUAACAUUGUGCUAACAUGACGACUAUUUGACGAGAAUUAUAUUGUUAAAUUUAAUUCUUGGUACACUCGAUCGGGCGCUUCGUAUUGGUGAAGAAAAUAACUAAAUGCCAUUUUUUGUAAGGCACGUCUUCCAGCGUACUUGUAUAACUUCAUUUCAGUGGCUGUAAUGUUAAGACCUGCUAUGCUCUUCUUAUAUUCUUAGGAAAGUUUACUCAACUAGCACAUAUUUUAAGUUGGUUACACCAGCAAAUGGCGCUCGCGUGUAUUUUUAACCACGCCAGAAGGGAACGCGUACUGUACAGUUACGUGUUUAUUGUAAGAUGCGUGUGUGUUACCAUUUUCUUAAAUACUUCUGAGUUUGAUACGUUUUUCCGUAUUACAUAGCGAUCACUUUAGAUCAGGGUAAGAUAUGUUUUAAGGUUAUAGGCUACCAGGGGAGGCUACAUUUGAGAGUUUUAUUUAUUUAUUUAUUAAUUGUUCAGAUUGUAAUGAAUAUGAAAUAGGUCAUAUUGUGGAAGUUAAAACAAGCGUCGAUUGCGUCGCCUGCGUCAAAGAAAUGCGGGUGUGAGGUCAAAACUAGUGUCCGUACAUAUUUGGCUCGUACGAGAGUAUUGAUAUUUGAUACGAUUUUAUUAGCAUUUUCAGUACAGUUACAUGUGCAGCUAACGGCAUAGGUAGUGCUAAGCGAUUAACUUUAGGCUUACGUUUAGAGACCAUUUUGAUAUAUUAAUACCUUUGCAAUAAAAACCUAGCAGCUCUAAGCAUUCAUAUUGCCGAUAUGUAUUUUAAUUACUUAUACUUUAAAAAAACAAUAUUAUUAUGUAAAAUUAACUUAAUGUUCAAACUAUCGUGAGUUAUUCUCAUAUUUAAGUUUUGGAUAUACCAGCGCUUUACUCACGUAUUUAGUUGAAGUCUAUUGUAUAGCAUAUCCAAAACUUAAAAUUAACUUAUUAAGUAGUAUGGACUAUGGACCAUAAGAAUUAUAAGAUGUGUGAAGUGCAUAAUCUAAAUCAAAGUAGUCCAAAGGGAAUAAUGUCUAAUAACACGAGAAGUAAUAACUGAAAAUUCUUCAAACUUAAAAGUCAAUGACCAUAAGGUACAGUUCUAUACUAUAUUUUUUAUGGAGUGCACGCCACUGCCAGUGAUUUCGUAGAGCUUGGGCACACCCGGCUAAAUUUCAAAGAUUAACGGUAAAAAAUAGAUAAGUAUUUAGUAAUAUAUUUUAGAUUGUAGAACUUAUACCGGUGACAGCGAAAUAGUAAAUUCCAUUCUCGAAUUAAGAAUAUUAUAAUCGUUCAUUUUAAUAAUAACCUGUGAUAUCAUUAGUCGUAAGUAUAUAAAGUUUGUAUUUAUUACUUUCUUGUGGAAGUCCUAUAUGUAGUAAAGAUGAAUUGUAUUGUAUUGAUAUGCGUUAUGUAAGUAUACUUACAUAUUAUUAAACUUAUGUAAUUUAGUUACCAUUUUGGUUAAUUUUUUAGUAAGUAUUUCUAAAUUCUAGUAGAUGUUAAAUAAAGAUGGAGUUGCUGAUUGAUGGUGAAAAAAUAUUAGUAGCUACUAGAAAUAGUAGUAGGCUAGAAGAAUAUGGCGCGCGAGAUGUAAUACAUCCUGAGGAUUUCACUUUACUGCACAGCAUCCAUGCAUGCAUCUAUCCAUGCAUCCAGCAGCAUGAUUUUGCGUCGCGUUGUAAGGACUUGCUGCGUUCGAUCGCUGGAUUGAAAUAGCGCGUGGAUCGGACGCGGCAUCGAGCUUCCUAUAAUCGACUUGAUCACUACAACUGUAUAUUUGUAGAGUGGAGUGUUCAAACGCGGCAUCAAACUUUUAAAAGAAGCAACUAAAGCAUUUAGUCUGCUUUGGCCCUAAAUAAUGGUGUGAUAGAUAAGAACAUGAACACAUUAAGAAACGAGUUAUUAAGUUCAUUUGGUAAAUAUUCGUUGUUUACCUUUACUGCAAUAUUAAAUUAAACUGCACUUUUAAAUUAAUUAAUGAGAGAUUAUGCUCCGAUAGCAUUCCACUAGUGUCGUUAACAGUGGAAUUCAUAGUCAAGAUAUGGGCUUCGUUGGGAGACCAUUCAGAUGGCAUGUGUCAUAUUGAAAAUUAAUGCAUUACAUACAUAAAGUUAGAAUACAACAUAUGUCGUCUGAAUGGUUCCCUAAAGAAGCCCCUAUCUUGACUAUGAAUUCCAGUAAAAUUCUAGGUGGGUUUGGUUGCUUUCCGAAUGUCUUGUUACUCAGCCUUCUGGACGAUUUCUUUAUUACUAUUGCUUUAAUACUACUAAUAAUAGUAGGUAAGUACUAAUUUUAGUACCUACCUACUAUACAAAUUUUAACUAGUUACUCAAUUCAAAAAUCAAAUGCAGACCUACUUAUGUAAUAAAAUACAUGUAUGAAUUUAGCAAGUACUCUGAUGCAAAUCUUAUAGCUCUAUAGAGACUGUUACGUAAUACAUUUUUAGCUGAAUUAAGCUGGAGUUUGAAAACAAUAGCGUAAUUUGCAAUUUUAAUCUACCAUAAGUCAUACGCGAUUCACGAGACUAAAGCCUAAUCAAAUGUUCAUUCUGAACAUUAUUGGACAUGGUUAGUAAUUUUCAAAAUCUCUGUGGGUUACGAGCAAACCCCUUGACAAUCUAAAUAAACUCAAUCGCUUGUUAUUUUAUUAAAACAUUAAAUAAUAUAUGUAUGCAAGUUGUAAUAUAAAAAAAUAAUUAAAUAAUAAAACUAAAACUAGGUAUAUUAAAAUGAAGAUACCUACGUUUACUCUGUAAGAGCAGGUAUGAUGAAUAUAAAAAAAUGUUAGUAAUGUAGGUUCAGUAGCUGGUUAUUUCAAUUUAAUUAAAGACUAUGUGGUAGAUCUUGUAUUAUGUGAUGGAUCCUGGAAUUUGCUUGAGAAAUAAAUUAUUUACAAAUUAACAGGACAAAAAUAAGAACCUAUAUUUCUAUUAAUAUUUAUAAUAUAGUAAUUUUCUUAGUAAGACUAUUUUUUUAACAACAUUAUGAAAUGAAAAUCGUUGUGAAUUGAG